AUGCAGUACGCUCCUAUGCCCGUGAGGACGCUCGCAGGAGCUCUGGCAGACGAUGGCGACCUUGAUUCAGAGGUUCCAAAGAUCUGUGUUGACUAUCUUAGUCACCAGUGGGCCGAAGAGGACGUUUGGCGGUCAUGGCGUUCGAUGACCAGAGCAAAGUAUGAGAUUGCAAACGGCAUGCGUCUCGAAAACGCUUCCUGGAGAACAUGGUGGAAGCAACGAAACAAGCUCAAGACCAUCUCGCCCGAGAAUCUCAACUGGCUCAAGGAUAGCGACGUGACCUGGUUGUACGGUCCUUUGCACCAGGCGCCGUCUGUGCCUCCGACAAAAAUCGCUUCCACCGCAGACAAGAUUGGGUUCGACUUGCCCAAGUCCAAGUUGACGCGCAGGGCAGGAGACCAGACCUCACAAUCUACAUCUUCCACAUCCUCACAGCCAUCUUCACAAGCCAAACCCAUUCUGAAGAAGCGAUCUGUGACGGAUAUUUUGGCGAUGGGGAUCGUCGCCCCGCGUGCACCCCAGAGCUCGAGCUCCCCUAUUUAUGAAGCGGUUACGGCAGAACUUGAGGGUGAGCCGAUGCCGGGACAGGGGGAGCCAGAGAUUCAAGCGGAUCCUUCCACGCUCCCACCCGCCGCUGGCAUCCUUAAAUCGUCACCAAGGCCGGCUCUCUGGCACACAAAGUCAGACUCGAUUCUGGCUCGCCAGGCCAUGCUUUCUACGAGUCCCAUGAGCGUAGAAAAGCUCAGCCCACCUGGUGAUAGUGCGCUCUCUGUCGCAUCCAAGUCGGCCUCUCGUAGCCCACCACCUCUUGCCCGCGCUGGACAUAGAUCCGACUCUUCAUCCUCUUACCAAGUUUCUGACGACUCGUCUGCUCCUGCCAGAUCGAGGCGGCACAUUAGCUUCAACUCGUUUGUCGAGCAGCGAGUGGUUGUCGACCCGUCCCCGCGCCGAAAGGUGUCUGCCGAUGAUAGGACAUCUUCAGACUCUGAAUCUGAAUCUGAAGACGAGGAUGGUACAGUGUUGGAGAUGAGGUCUCUCUCUGGCUCGAGUCUUUCGUCGAGUCGAAGAGGCUCCACCAACAGCCAGACUUCCUCCGACACCAACCCUCGAUCAGCGGGUAUGAUGACCAUGAUCACCGCUCCAAUUGCUCCCACUCUCCUCAAGGAACCAGAAGACCUCCCCGCCCCAAGCCCCGCAGUCGUCUUUGUUGCUCCUCAAGGAAUCGACGAGGAGACCCUCAAGUACGAGGUUCACAUUGCCUCCAAAGUUCAUUUCUCCGUACCAGCUGACCGCAGGCGAUUGGAUACUGCCUGGUCACCUGCACAUGGCGAUGAGUACGACCAAACAGAAAUAGUCGACUACUUUUCUGGCGUACCAGUCCCGGAGCCCGAGCGAGAGCCAAUCUAUACAGAUGAGGACGAGGAUGCCAUUACGGUUCGACGGCGAAUACGAUCCCCUCGAUCGAGUGGAUACUUUGUGCAAGACGAUGGUACACAGUGGCGAAAGGGACAAGCGGGCUCGACUGUGGGAGGGCCGACGCCCGAUUCUUCUGAGACGGGCCCGCUACGCUCAUCUGUCGGCCCUCGUCAAAGUUCAUUCUCGGAACGUGCGAGCGAAUACAUCAAGGUAUCUUCCGUGUCCCCUCCCACCAUCAGUCACGACGAGAUCGCUGGCAAGACGGAUACGACAAGCGCCCGUGUUAUCGUCCCGCGUUCAGGCUCUGCCUCCAAUCUAACCUUGUACCAAUAUUCGGAUGUGGUUGGUUCCGCUCCACGCUCCAGCCAUUUGACUUCCUCGCUCAAUGCUCAUAACCAAGGGAGGAGCUCAAGUGGCCGUACGAGGAACCGACCGCGUGGUGCCUCGUUUGAAGGCGUAGAUAUGAGGGGCGAAACAUCGGCGCUUUCGGUCCGUUCCAAGUCUAACAAUGGUGGACUUGUCAGAAGUCAAUCUGCGGCAGUUGUCUCUCCCGCGAGAGAACAGCCCGUGGUAGAGGUCAGAGGGCGAUCGCAGCGCAUCACAGAGGAGCUUGAGCGCCCGAGGAGAGGUCGUUCACUAUUGCGGACAAAUUCUUCAUCCACCAUUUCGGAGAGGGAACGUAGCAGCACGACCACAGCCAGCACAAGCCCUCUCGGAAGCCUAUCGCCGCGAUCUAGCUCGUCAGUUGGAAUCGUUGGUGGAUACAUCGCUCCUCCAAACGGCCUUGGUUCCAUCAUCAUCGCACCUUCUGCCUCUCUCAGGAGUUCAAGCGGUCUCCGAUUCGAGUCUGGGUCAUGGAGUGCCGAUGAGGAGCAGAAGAUAGACGGAGGCGAUCUUGCGCAGAUCAUUGCACCUUCUGCUCCAGCAACUGCACCGACGCCGGAGUCACCCGUGCAGGCGAAGCCUACAACUUCGGGCUUGGUAAGAACGUCGAGUUCUACGAAUAUACCGGCACAGACGAGCCUGUCCAGACAAUCUUCAUCGUCCAAUCUCGUGAGGACGUCUAGUUCGAGUAACAUUCCAGCGCAGACCAGUCUCACAUCGCCUGGCGGCAUUCGACGAACAGGUUCUUCGUCCAGUAUAUCUAACCGCCCUGGCAUGCUGCAGCGCACGAGCUCUUCAUCCAACAUUGCUGGGACCGUGAGACCGACGCCGCAGCUCAUCACCUCUCCCGUUAACGAGAUUCCAACUGUCGUUCUGCAGCCAUCGAGUCGUCGCUCGUCCCUCACCGACAUUGUCGGUGUUCGCAAUCUUAGCACAGACAUUGCGAGCUCAAGUCCCUCGACGUCUCUGGUGAGCCAAAGUCCAGAGUCGACAGGGUCGUUCUGGCGCGCAAAUGAGCUAGAGUCGCCCGCAACCCCACCCUCGCCAGCAGACAAGGUGCAAAAGCCAUCUAUUGACGAACCUUCUCUCCUGCAACGAGAGCUGCUGUUGACAAAGAGCUCCCUCAAGCCUCGGGCAUCAGGACUCUCGCUCGCGUCCAGCACGUCCAAUGGGUCCAAUUCGUCCAAUACGACCGUGGUCCCCAGCGGCGAACCCAAGCACGGUUCAUCGCAGCUGGCUUCGGUCUCUUCCUCUGCCUCUUCCACGACAUCUGGUCUGUCUAUGCAUCGCCGGUCAACUUCGCGCUCGUCUCAUUCUGCCGCACCCACAACUCCUCCACCAGUUAUGCGGAGCAGCUCGUCUUCGACAACCACACGCCAUGUGACUCAGGCUGUGGCGACGAGAGCUGAUCUGGAUUCACCGUCGGGAAGUGCUUCUGAGAAGCACCUCAGGCGCCUCAGUGGAGGCAUAGGCUCUCCUGUGGAGGAGAAGCCUGGCUCUGGAUCUCAAUCUCCCUCUCCUGUUUCUCCUGGGUCUGUCUUGUCUAACGUCGUGGGGAGUGCUCGGGGUCUCUUUGAUGCACUCUGGGGAAAUCACGACCACAACUCGUCAUAA